AUGUCUUGGUGUGCCGCAACGAGGUCAUUCAACAUGCCGGCGCUCAACGUGAACGCACUGCGCACCAGUGCUCCCUUCGCCGUCGGCCUAGGGUGCGUCUCGGUGGCCGGCACGAGCCUGUGGCGAUCUUCACCGUCAGCAGCAUCUUCGCUGCGAUCAAAGCCCUUCGCUUGUUUAGGCAUUUCUACUGACGCGAGGAUAAAGGAGCCUGUUCAAACAGAAAAGGCUCCCGCUGCAUUGGGACCAUAUUCUCAGGCCAUCAAAGCAAAUAAUUUUGUUUUUGUGUCUGGUGUUCUUGGUCUAAUUCCAGAGACUGGGAAGUUCAUAGCGGACAAUGUAGAGGAUCAAACUGAGCAGGUCCUUAAGAAUAUGGGGGAGAUACUUAAAGCUAGUGGUGCUACCUAUUCUUCGGUAGUUAAGACGACUAUUAUGUUGGCUGAUCUGAAAGACUUCAAGAAAGUGAAUGAAAUUUAUGCUAAAUACUUCCCAUCACCUGCACCAGCACGUGCUACAUAUCAGGUAGCAGCAUUACCAAUGGAUGCGAAGAUAGAAAUAGAGUGCAUAGCAGCACUCUAA